AUGUCUUUUUCUGUGAAUGCAGCCACUAUCCAUGAACUGGAAGCUGAAGUGAAUGGCAUCGAAAACAUUAUACGAGACCUACGCGACAAGCAGAUAUCAUUGCGAACCCAGUGCAAUUCCAAUCUCCCCUUUUUCUGUCUACCACUUGAAUUGUGCAUUGCCAUAUUUUCACUUGCUUGUCACAAAGGCCGCCUCCCAGAACGGCAGGACUCAGAGAAGAUUCCGCUGGUGACGACACCUUUUGUUAUCAGUGCUGUUUGUCAUGGCUGGCGUGUCAUGGCACAUUCAGUGCCCAAGCUAUGGUGUUCUGUAUCACUUUGCGUGUGGCCAUAUGUCAAGGAUCAUUCCGAGAUUCAGGCAAAACUCCUUGAUCAAUGGUUGCAACUUGCACAGGCAUUGCCAUUAUCUAUCAUAAUGGCCUUUGAUCGGGAUGAGCUUGAAGUUGCUGAAGCUUCAAGUGGGGACGAUGAAGCUUCAGACAAUGAUGAAUCUUUCAAUAGUCAGAGUGAGGAAUGCUUAGCAGCUGUAGCAGCUGUCACCUCAGUCGUCACCUCUCGUUCUCAUCAGUGGGAGUCACUCGAUCUUUUCCUCCCCUUUUACUGGACCAAGAUUUUCGCAUCCGGAAUGGGUCACUGUCCAAACCUCAAAUCACUUGACUUGUGCACUGACACUGAAGGGGUGGAUUCAUGGUCACGGUCAAGGCCACCAUUUUCUACAACAUUUCGUGAUGCACCGAAGCUUCGCACUGUAAUGAUCGACGAUGAAAAUGUGGAGCUUCUGCUUCACCAAUUGGAGGAACUGGGUUUUUGGGGUUAUGUGCCCUCAGAAGCCUUCUUCAGCCAAUGUACUGAUCUCAAAAUUUAUAGGCAACAGUCUUUGUUCAUUGCACCAGACACUUCGCGCAGCUUCGUCCAUCUUUCAAAGCUUGUAUCACUCGAGAUUUCAUCUAGCCAACCGAAACAUUUGCUGGGGUGUUUAGUGACACCGUCACUUGUAUCUAUCACCCUUUCUCUGGGAGGCAGUGUCAAAGUAGAGGCUUUCAAGGCAUUUCUUACACACUCAGGUGUGGCUCUGAAGCACUUGUCUAUCAUCAAUUAUGUCCCACCAGAGGAAGAGUUGAUGUGGAAGCUAUUCAAUGCACUCCCCAACCUGUCACACUUGGAGAUUGAUAUCCAAUCAAAUUUAUGGACUUCAUCUCCACACCAUUGGCCUCAGAGGUUUUUCAACUAUUUCAGCACUCCCAACACGACAUCGGGCAGUUUACCGUUGCCACAUUUGACAAAUUUUACAUACCGGGGUCGACUUGAAUUUCUCGAAUUGCAAACCAUCAUGAAACCCAGAAAUGUGGGCUCAGGGAAUAGUGUUGAGGUUGACACCUUGGAAAAAGUGCUUCUAGCUAGGUGGAAUGCUGGUCUCCACUCUGAUGCUGGUGCUGAGCGACUUCAAGAGUUCAGCCUGUUCAUUACUGAUUUGCCGAAAUUGGUCACAGAGAUGGAACAGUCUGUCAUUGUGAAGGAAUUGCGCAAGGAGGGCAUGCAUUUGGCGUUUAAGCUUGUUGAUUGA